AUGGCGACAAAGGUCUUUGCAAACGUCGGCAAGAUAUCAAAGGACACAGUACUACCUGUACAAGUUGGAGAAGAUUACAUCAUUCAGCUCUCGGUGAUUGACGACAGACUGCCCGACGUGAAAGUCAUGGACAACAGGUACCAGCUCUUUGACAAUGGCCGUCCCACGUGCGCGGUGACAUCCGGAGGACACGCCUGGCUAUGCAAGUGCAGAAUUGCCGGCCAUAUCUACAAUCGGUCAAGUUCAAACUGGUGUGGCUAUUGCGGAGAGAAGAAGAGCGCCACCGCCAAAGCCAUGGCGUGGGACCUGCCGCCUGGUCGCAAGUUGGCGUGGAUUCUCUCGGUUUUGGAGCCGCACGAGCAGACACCCUUCGCGUAUGGCUCCAGGCUACCUCUACCCCUCGGCCACAGUCAGAAAGCGGUCAAGCCCAGAGUGGGACACACCAGUGUCCAGAAAUCUGGUGUCCUCUUUCUUUUCUUGAGGGCGCUUGGGUUCGAUCACGCUUUCUCUUAUAGGACAUCUGCUAUUGCCAUGAGAUGGCACUCAAAGGAUGGCUCAAGCAAGGCCCCGAAUGUGCUGGGUCUUCUGGUUGCAUCGGGCGAGCUGGUCGAGAUCAAAGCUAACGUCAAGGCCAGCGGGGAACAGUGGGCAAAGUUCGAUCCGUUUCACGAGGUCGAACUUCAAGAGGCCGAAGCCUACACACAUAGCUUUUCUACCGCGAACAACUCCUAGCACAUUCUCUUGGAGCAAAGUCACUAGACCUGAGGACAACAAGUACAACGACCACGAUAUCGACGACACAAGUUUUGUCUAACCCCUAUGGCGGGAAAUAUUACCGCCUCGAGAUGCGUCGUAAAAGAAUAGAGGACUCGUCGAGAGUUUUUACAAAAC